AUGCUUAGACUUCGCCUUCGCAAUCCUCACAAUCUCUGUUAUGCAAAUGCUACCAUUAACAUGUUCCUUUGGCAUGGCAUGGUACAUGAGCGACAACUUGAACAGGCUGAUACAUAUGGGCAACUUCGACAUCCACUGGAGCGCCUACGUCAGGUUGGCAAUGCUUGUUUGCAAGAUAUACCAUUCUGGCUCACACUCUUGCAACAGUUUCAGACCUUUUUACACACUCGCUUUGAUCGACAACAGGACGCUGUGGAGUUUUUGGGCUUUAUGCUUGAAUAUGCUCGACCAUCAGCCUAUGCAGGCCUUUGGCAAUCCAGAUACCAAUUUGGCCCGGCAGUUUGUGUUGCUGAUUCAGGUCAUCCCCUGCAGCCAAUCACUCUGGAGCUGAAUUCGCGAGGAUUGCAGGCAAGCAUCGUCGACUGGCAUGUGCAACCACCUUUUCCUUAUGCUUUUUGCCAGGCCCCUAGGAUGCUCUUCUUUCAACUUAAGCGAUGGGCUCAGAAAGAUCCCAGACGACCAGCUCGUAAAGAUCUCAUGCCAUUUCCAUUUGAGGUUGGAGCGCCUAUCGAUCUGCCAAUUUUUGAACGUGCCCAAGGCCUUCAUGUGCAAUGGCAACGAUACAGACUUGUCACAGUGCUGGUGCAUACUGGUAUGCACCCAUGGGCAGGUCACUACCGCUCCAUUCUGAGUGGCUUUCGGCAGCUUCCCAAUGGCGAUACCACAUGGAUGACAAUGCUUACGGAUGAUGGCAGAGAAGUUCGUUUAUGCAGCAGUGCAGAGAUGCAGCAUGCCAUAUCCAACUGCUAUCUGUUUGGCCUAUGCCGUGAUUCAUGA